AUGUACCUGCACCCGGAGGCUGCCAGCGCAGGGACCCCCUCCCGCGACGUCCUCCUGGUCUCAGCCAUCAUCACCGUCAGCCUUAGCGUCACCAUCGUCCUCUGCGGGAUCUGCCAGUGGUGCCAGAGGAAAAUGGGAAAGCGUUACAAGACUUCCCUGGAGACUGUGGGAACUCCUGAUUCCAGCCGAGGCCGCAGCGAAAAGAAAACCAUCAAUGGCUCUCUGUUAUCAGGGGCCAAGCUGACGGCGUCGGCCGCCGCCGGGCUGUCCGGGGACCGCGACGGCCGGCCCGGGGACAAGCAGCGGCUCGGCGAGGAUGGAAUGAGGAGCAGCGUGUCCGCCCACAGCGAGCCCGGAGCGGGAAAGGCGGCACGGGGCCGCUGGCACACGGUGCAGAGCCACUUGGCCGCAGGGAAGCUCAGCCUGUCCAAUUUCGAGGACUCCACCCUGUCCACAGCCACUACCCUUGAGUAUAUCCCCACCUCAGCAGGCGAUCCCAAAUUCCAGAGGCCCCGCACGCUCGUGCGCCAGCAAAGUCUGCAGCAGCCCCUGAGCCAGCACCAGCGCGCCAACCACAGCCAGCCCACCACCAGCCAGAGCCUGGGCCACCUCCAGGCCCACAGCGGCUCCUCCGCCGCCGCCGCCAACUCCCGGGGUUCCCGCGGUGGCCCGGCGCGCCAGGGCACCGCCGCCGGCUCCAAGCAACGGAUGGCCGGGGGCAGGAGCCGCUCCAACCCCGGCAGCUGGGACCACGUGGUGGGGCAAAUCCGCAACCGCGGCUUGGACAUGAAGUCCUUCCUGGAAGGCCGGAUGGUGGUGUUAUCCCUGGUUUUGGGACUCUCAGAGCAAGAUGACUUUGCCAAUAUUCCCGACCUGCAACCCGCUGGGACGCAGCCGAACCAGGCGAACGCUCAGGGGGACAAGAGGUUGCCGGCCGGUGGGAAGGCUGGGAACGCGGCACCGGCAGCGGGGCAGCCGCCGCACGAUGAGUCCGACCGCAAGACGGAGCCGCACUCCUCCGUCUCCGACCUGGUCAACUCCCUGACCAGCGAGAUGCUCAUGCUCUCCCCGGGCUCCGAGGAUGACGAGGGCCACGAAGGCGUCAGCAGGGAGAACCUGGGCCGCAUCCAGUUCAGCGUCGGCUACAACUUCCAGGAGUCCACCCUGACCGUGAAGAUCAUGAAGGCGCAGGAGCUGCCCGCCAAGGACUUCAGCGGCACCAGCGAUCCCUUUGUCAAGAUCUACCUGCUCCCCGACAAGAAGCACAAGCUGGAGACCAAGGUCAAGAGGAAGAACCUCAACCCGCACUGGAACGAGACCUUCCUCUUCGAAGGGUUCCCCUAUGAGAAGGUGGUGCAGCGGGUGCUGUACCUCCAGGUCCUGGACUACGACCGCUUCAGCCGCAAUGAUCCCAUUGGAGAGGUGUCCAUCCCGCUCAACAAGGUGGACCUGACUCAGAUGCAGACCUUCUGGAAGGACCUGAAGCCCUGCAGUGAUGGCAGUGGAAGCCGUGGGGAGCUGCUGCUGUCGCUGUGCUACAAUCCCUCGGCCAAUUCCAUUGUGGUGAACAUCAUCAAGGCGAGGAACCUUAAAGCCAUGGACAUCGGGGGCACCUCAGAUCCCUACGUGAAAGUGUGGCUGAUGUACAAGGACAAGAGGGUGGAGAAGAAGAAGACGGUGGUGAUGAAGCGGUGCCUGAACCCUGUCUUCAACGAGUCCUUCGCCUUCGACAUCCCCACGGAGCGGCUGCGCGAGACCACCAUCGUCAUCACCGUCAUGGACAAGGACAGGCUGAGCCGCAAUGACGUCAUCGGCAAGAUUUACCUGUCCUGGAAGAGCGGUCCCGGCGAGGUGAAGCACUGGAAGGACAUGAUCGCCCGCCCGCGGCAGGCGGUGGCACAGUGGCACCAGCUGAAGGCCUGAGCGCCCCCGGACCGCGGGCUC